AUGAGAUCGCUCCGCUUCAUUUCUGCCACGGCCCUGGUGUCUCACCCCCAGGUGGCCCAGCAGAGCCUGGACAGUGUGGCCCACAACCUCUACCCUCUCCUCUUCAAAGCCAGCUACUUGCUGGAGCAGGCGGCGCUGAUCCGCGCCCUGCUGGCGCGCUGGCCCCUGGAGGAGUUCCGGCUGAGCGCGCUGCUGGGGCCGGGCUCGGAAGCCGCGGAGGACCUGCGGGACCGCACCUGCAGGGCCUGCCUGGAGGCCUGUGUGCAAGGCCUCGCAGACCACGUGCUCCGGGCUGGGGGGCCCCGGCGCCUGCGCGUGGCUGACCUCACGGGCGUCCGAGACGUGCAGGUGCAGCGGUGCCCGUGUGGGAGGGCGCUGGGCAGGUGGGGCCGCACCGAGCUGCUGGCCAGGACCUGCUGCCAGCUGCAGGGGGAGGCCCCCGCGGCCCGGCGCCCCGUCCGGGUCGUCGCCGAUCUCUUCGUCACCGAUGGAAACUUCGAGGUGGUGGUGCGGGCCCUGGGGCCGGCGGGCCCUGCCCCACUGCGUGUGCACUGCGUGUCCUUCCGGGCGGACAGCCUGGGCCCCAGCCAGCUCUCACAGGUGCUGCGUCUGGCCGGGCCGGGGGAGCUGCGCCGGCUGGAGGUGGUGCACAACGUGCGCUUACACGCCGGCCACGUGCAGGAGCUGCUGGCCGAGGUGCGCUUCCCCCAGCUGGCCUCGCUCACCCUGCCGGCCAGGGCCUUCGACGCGCCCCCCGCCGGCACCCGCAGCCCCGGUGGCGAGGACCCCCUCCUGUCCUCCAUCGCCCGGGAGCUCAGCCGGAUGAGCCGGCUCACGGAGCUGAGCGUGGCCUUCUCCACGCUGACGGGGAAGAUCCCGAAACUGCUCGGGCCCCUACGGACGCCGCUGAGGACCCUGGACCUGGCCAACUGCUCCCUGAACCACACAGACAUGGCCUUCUUGGCAGACUGUGCCCACGCCACGUGCCUGGAGGUGCUGGACCUCAGCGGCCACAACCUGUUCAGCCUGUUCCCUUCCACCUUCUCCAGGCUGCUGAGCCGGGCGGCCCGGACGCUGAGGGUGCUCACCGUGGAGGAGUGUGGCAUCGAAGAUCGGCACGUGGGCAUGCUGACCCUGGCCCUGAGCCCUUGCCACGAGCUCCGUGAGCUCCGCUUCCUGGGGAACCCACUGUCGGCCCAGGCCCUGAGGCGCCUCUUCGUGGCUCUCUGCGAGCUGGGCAAGCUCGGGACUGUCGAGUUCCCGGUGCCCAAAGACUGCUACCCCGAGGGCACGGCCUACCCCCAGGACGAGCUGGCCAUGUCCAAGUUCGACCAGCAGAAGUAUGAUGCGAUCGCCGAGGAUCUCCGUGCCGUGCUGCUUAGGGCCGGCCGGGCUGACGUCCAGGUCUGCACGCCUCUCUUCGGAAGUUUCGACCCAGACAUCCAAGAGACCAGCAACGAGCUUGGAGCUUUUUUGCUGCGAGCUUUCAAAGCUGCUCUAGAAAACUUCUCCAGAGCCCUGGAGCAAAUGCAGUAG